AUGAUCUCCCCGAAGGACACUGGACAUAAUGAAGAAAGAGAGGCGAGGUUGCUUGAGAGGUGUCCACCUGGCCAUGAAGGUACAAAGUUGGUUGACAUACCCGUGACAGUUCUCUAUGCUACCGGCGCCAUCAUUGUGUGGUACCUCCCGGAUGCCCUGACGGAAACCACCCAGAAGGAAAUUCUGGCAGCCUCCGAUUUGCUCAGUCUGAGCCUUGCAAAAAGUGUAAAGGAAAAUGAUGGCAUAUCUCCCGGAUGCAUCAAUCUAUCUCUGGCUUGGUUUCAACAGGGGCAUGAGAAUCUGUCGGACCCGGCGGUAUCUGCCUCAUUGAAGGGACCAUUCUCUGAGAAUAUUCUCAAAGCCAUUGCCAGGCCAGCAGCCAUCGCAUCAGCCACACUCAGGGUGAUGCAUCCUGAGCAGUACUGGGCUGGGAUACGAGCCUUUUUAAGCCUCGGACAAUCAGCCAAAAGCAAGAAUCUUCCGAGGAUGUCAGAGACCCUCCAGUACUGGGCAUCCGUGUUUAACACCCUCACCGUCAUUUCCAAUUGGCAAACCCCCAAUCAUCGAGACCACAUCCAUUCCUGA